AAUAAGUUGAAUUACUCUCAUUUACUCGUUUGUCGAUUCGGUACUACUUGUUUAUGUCUUCAAAAAGCGGCUCUAAUUUUAAUGUCUUAUUUUUAUUAAAGUAGUAUUGUGCUGUGAUUUAUUAUAUCUUUUAUAAGACAUUUAAUAUUAGUAUUAGUGUUGUAAGUGUAUAGUGAAAUUGUAACCUACGUCUGAACUUAAAUCGACAUUUUUUCCAUUGUCAAUGUUGUGAUCCUUGUUUUUUGUGCUAUUUACAAGUGUUGACGAUGGCAGAUAAUUCUAAAUUAACCGACGAGGAGAGGAACGAAAUCAGGGAACAAUUUGCACAGUUGGACACAUCCGGCAAUGGGUAUAUCGACCUGAAGGAACUGAAAGACGCUCUGGACAGUGUAGGAUACAAAAUACCACAAUGGAAGGUACGAUGCAUGAUCGAGGAAUACUACGACAACGGGCCAAAACACGGCCGAAAUGUAAACGGCAGCGUGAAUGGGGACGCGCGCAAGAACGGCAUUACACUUGGGGAGUUUGAGGAGCUAUGUGCCAAUCUAAAGACACAACAGGUGGCCAGUACUUUCAAACAAGCCGUUAGUAAAAAAGAAAACUUGGAACACUUAGGCGGCAUGAGCGAAGCAUCGAGCGAUGGCACAACCCAUUCUGUACGUCUGGAAGAACAAAUCGCGUUCUCCGGGUGGAUUAACAGCAAUCUGGAGCAUGAUCCAGAUCUCAAACACCUUCUACCCAUAGACCCUGAAGGCAAACAGCUUUAUGAGAGACUGAAAGAUGGUCUCAUACUUUGCAAGGUUAUUAAUCACUCGUGUCCGGACACUAUUGACGAGCGCGCCAUCAACAAGAAGAACUUGACUCUGUACACGAAGCAUGAGAACUUGACGCUGGCCCUGGUCUCCUCGCAAGCCAUCGGCUGCAACAUCGUCAAUAUUGACGCACACGACCUCGCUAAAGGCAAACCCCACUUGGUACUCGGUCUGCUGUGGCAGAUCAUCCGCAUAGGUCUCUUCAAUCAGAUCACAUUGGAACACUGUCCUGGACUCACUGAAUUGCUCAAUGAACAGGAACGUAUCGAGGACCUUUUGGCUCUGUCUCCCGAGGCUAUUCUGCUGCGCUGGGUGAACCACCAGCUGCAGUCGGCCGGCGUGACUCGCCGCUGCACCAACUUCCAGCAGGACGUGUCAGACUCGGAGAUCUACUCGUACCUGCUCAAGCAGAUCGCACCAGACGAUGCUGGCGUCACUCUAGAUGCCCUCAGGGAAACCGACGCAAUGCGUCGAGCGGAGGUGAUGCUGCAGCAGGCGGCCAAGCUUCGUUGUCGCGCGUUCGUGACCCCAUCCGACGUAGUCGGUGGCGUGUACAAGCUGAACUUGGCGUUUGUAGCCAAUCUGUUCAACCAACACCCUGGGCUGCAGCGGCAGGAUGACCACGAGGAGUAUCAUCAGCUCGACGAAACCAGGGAGGAGAAGACGUACCGCAACUGGAUGAACUCGAUGGGCGUGGCGCCCCACGUGAACUGGUUGUACUCGGACCUUACUGAUGGCCUCGUGAUCUUCCAACUGUACGACAUCAUCAAGCCAGGCAUCGUCGACUGGAAGAAGGUACACCGGCAGUUCUCGAAACUUCGCAAGUUCAUGGAGCGGCUGGAGAACUGCAACUAUGCUGUAGAGCUCGGCCGCCGGAUCGGAUUCUCGCUGGUAGGGAUUGCUGGCGCUGAUAUCAACGAAGGGAACGCUACACUCACGCUCGCUCUAAUCUGGCAACUGAUGCGUGCGUACACACUGUCGGUGCUGACGCGACUCGCCAACACUGGCAACCCCAUCAUCGAGAAGGAGAUCGUACAGUGGGUGAACAACAAACUGCAGGCUGCCGGAAAGUCGUCCUCAAUCAGGAGUUUCCAGGAUGAAGUAUUGGCGGACGGCAAGGUGGUGAUCGAUUUGAUCGACGCUAUCAAGCCGGGAUCCAUCAACUACGACCUGGUAUUGCACGGCGGCACCGAAGAGGAGAACCUAGCGAACGCCAAAUACGCGAUAUCGAUGGCACGUCGCUGCGGCGCGCGAGUGUAUGCACUGCCGGAGGACAUCACUGAACGGAAGCAUAAGAUGAUCAUGACGGUGUUCGCGUGUCUCAUGGCACUCGACUACAUUCCAACCAUGGACGCGCCUGUCGCCAAGGAGUAAGUCUGCGAAACCCUAAGUAAUAGCCCACAGCGACGAAAUCUAACAAUACAAAUAUCAAUUAAAAAGAAUGUUAAGAUGUUAGUGUCGCUAUGGACUUAUCUUAAGAUAUAUUCCCGAUUUACAUUACAAAAUCUCAGAGUGCAUCAGAAACUUGUAAACGCUCUUGGUUGCACUCUUUUUAAAUGAUUGAUACUUGUUUGUUUUAGUUGGAUUAUCCACUUUAAAUAUCUUGCAAUAAAGUUGUAAUUGUGUCACGUGAAAUCGGUAGUUUUGUAAUGUAAUUCAGGCUCAUGUGUGCAACGUUACCGAGAAAACUGUACAUUGAUAUUUUAGAAUAUUUUUCGUUACAUUUACAACGAUGGUGAUAAGUUAUAAAUUGUCUUUGGUUAGCGUAUGAGGUUACGGUUGUAAGCAUAAUUAUUUUUUAAAUUUAACUUGAAAUUCAUUACUAAACUGAAUCAUGAACACGUGGUUUUUUGCCUCAUUUGUUUAAUAAAAUAUUUAAAUUCAAUAUAUAUAAUAAAGACUGAGCUGAUGAUUAAGUAAUUCAAUAU